GGUUGGGCUCGGCGCCUGGGGCGGCGCCGGCGAGGUGCAGCGCUGAGCAGCUAUGGCGUACUCCACGGUGCAGAGGGUGGCCCUGGCCUCGGGGCUCGUCCUGGCCGCGUCGCUGCUGCUGCCCAAAGCCUUCCUGUCCCGCGGGAAGCAGCCGCCGCCGCCCCCGGCGCCCGGAGGAAAAUUGGGGCGUUUACCCCCCAUAAUGCAUCGUCAGCCAGCACCCUCAGAUGGCCCAUCUCCUGGAGGUCGUUUCCAGAGGUCUCACCUUGCAGAGGCAUUUGCAAAAGCCAAAGGAUCAGGUGGAGGCGCUGGAGGAGGCAGUGGAAGAGGCCUGAUGGGGCAAAUUAUCCCAAUCUAUGGCUUUGGGAUUUUUUUAUAUAUAUUGUACAUUCUAUUUAAGCUUUCAAAGGGGAAAACUGCGGAGGAUCGGAAAUGUUCUACCACCACACCUGGAAACACCCACAGGAAAAUUACCAAUUUUGAGCUUGCUCAACUGCAAGAAAAACUGAGAGAGACAGAAGAAGCCAUGGAAAAAUUAAUCAACAGAGUGGGACCUAAUGGUGAGAGCAGAGCACAGACUGUGACUUCUGACCAAGAAAAACAAUUGCUGCAUCAGCUGCGGGAAAUCACCAGGGUCAUGAAAGAAGGAAAAUUCAUUGACAGAUCCACUCCUGAGAAAGAAGCUGAGGAAGCGCCUUACAUGGAAGACUGGGAAGGUUACCCUGAGGAGACUUAUCCAGUUUAUGACCUUUCAGACUGUAUCAAGCAUCAGCAAGAAACAAUCCUGGUGGAUUACCCUGAUCCUAAAGAGCCCUCUGCUGAGGAAAUAGCUGAAAGAAUGGGAGUGCUGGAAGAAGAAUCAGACCAUUUGGGCUGGGAACGUCUGCCCACUGACACUAGGCCGCAAGAAGAUAAUCCUGUUACCUUGUGUGACCCAAAGCCAGAAACAUGUUCCUGCUGUUUUCAUGAAGAUGAUCCUGUUAUCUUGGCAGAGAAUGCUGGAUUCAGUGCAGAUAGCUACAGUGACGAACAAGAGGAAACCACCAAAGAAGACCAGACCCAAGAUUUUAGAGAUGAAGAGUUGGACAUCAGCUCUGACAGAACAUGGUUAAAUGGCAUGCUGAGGAAGCGUAACCUCCAGGGUUUAGAGUGAAAUCAGCCAGUUUGGUGAAGUAUCUGUUACUCUAGUCCCAAGGUGACCUUUCUCUCCUUUCUGAUUUCAUCCUUGGCCCUGUGCCCUGUACUUCAUUCUCUGUGUUCAAAUAUCAUAGCUCUUGGGCCUCGACCAGAGAUAUCAUGUAUCCUUCCUGGUGCUUAUACAUCUGUCACCUUGUAAAACAUAGACAUUAGUGUGAACGCAAGAUAGCGUCACUCUCUCUUCUGUCUUUUCCCCACCAAGAGUUUGAUACAUUGAGUAAUUCUGUUUGGUCUGUCAUAAUCACAGAUGGGACCACUCAGGCAAAGGUCUGACUCUUCCUCCUAGGAGUACCAGGUGGUUUACCUGUGGACUAACUUCUAUCUACAGAUGAUGAAGAUUUAAGGCUGCAAGACUGAAGAUUUCAGACUCUAAAAUAUUUCACUCUUUGAGGCUUGAACAGGUUAGUGGCUUUCCGGGGGAAAUAUUGUUUGUGGGCAUGAUGGGUGCAGAGCACACUGAACUGAAGCCUCUUUCUCUUGGUGAAAGUCUUUCUGAAACCACUUGAGGUUUCAGAUAUCUUUUCUCCAGUGUGGAAGACGCCCGCUCACCUGAGGAUGAGUCCAUGGGGCCAUUAUGAGAUUGUUUUGCUCUGAUAGUACCUGGAUCUGUAGCUUCCUUUAUCCUUGUGUUGCUUAACAGAACUGCCAAACCUAGAAGCACCUUUGGUCUUCAGUAGCGAGAGGAAGCUUGAAGUAGACACUUUGUCCUUGCUGUGGAGGGCCAUGGUUUGAAGCUGCUGAAGACCACCGUGGUGUUUUGUGGUCCUGCAAUAAGGAGCUCAGGCCAAGGACCCUGCAGUAGGGGCGAGAGACUGUGCAUGUAACAACUUAGCCUAGAAGCUGCUUGGAAGUGUUGUGGCACUUGAAUUGAAAUAGAAAUAAGGGCUGAGUUUAGGUAAGGAAGUGGCACCGCAACAGUGUAGUUGUUUGUUGUGGAGACAAACAUAUUGGUGCCUGGGGAAAAGGGACCACAUGUUCUGUUUGAAUAUUUGGACCUUUUGAGAAAGGAAGAAAAUUGGGACUAGGAGGAUUUUGACCAAGCCAUUUUGUCAUUUUUCAUGUAUUUUUAUGAGACAAGGUAGCAACUAUGAAAUCUGUCUAAUAUGAAAGUGAGCAAAUUCACGGUUUACUUGUGUAAAACCUGAGUUUAAAGUGGGCAUGUUUCUAAGGACUUUUCCAGCCAUGAAAUGGGGAAGACUCAAACAUUCAGAAAUUAUGUAAAGGCAAAUGUAGCAUUUAGAGUUCCACUGUGCUUGGUAUGUGAUGCCGGGAACACAGCAAAACCCACACAUAUAAUAAGCAUAUAAACUGUUACCAGAGAUAAUAGAGUAAUACUAAGAUAAUCUAUCAGCUACUAAGAGGUGUUGUUAAUUGAACUAAAGAGAAAAGUCACUUGAGGCUACAGAAAAUAUACUGCAUUGCAUCUGUCCCUGGGGAAUGUUUGACUCCUGUUGUAAAGACUGCAGCUUAAAAUGUACUGAAUACAAUGCAGAUGUGAUGUUAACACUAAAGGUGAAACAUGAUAUAAAUAAUCUUCAGUUUUGGUACUUUUUUUACAUUUGGUCUGCCUUUCAUUCACCAUGAAGGGUUGAAUAUGAAGAGAUCCCUGGGUCUCUGGUUCAGAUUUCCUUUUUUUUGCCCUAGAUAUGAUUCUCUUAUCCUUUCCUUCCCAUUCAUUCAUUCAGCAGACAACAGCUCAGUGCUGGGCACUGGCAAUAGGCUCAAUUCCUACCUUUCAAAAACUCAAUUUAAUCGGGGAGCCUAACAGAUAAAAUGAACUACAGACUAUACCAAAGCUCAAGAUUAUGAGGUCUCUAGGCAUAGAAAAACAGUCAUGUUGCUUCAGCAUACUCUAGCUGAUGCCUCAACUCUUUAAGAAGUCUGAAGAGUUGGUUUCCUCCUGUACAAAGUAAGGAUAGUAAAGUCCAGGCCGCAGGGUCAUCAGCAGUCAAUGAAAUAAUCAGCGUACCUUAAUACCAUUGCUUCUAACUCAUGUAAUUAAGGGCACCUCUUAUUAUAUAAAAGGUGGCACCUAUGAAGUACAUAGCCAGGGUAUCCAUACAUGCAUAGCCAUAUCAUAGGUGUCAUCCAAGCUUAUCAGAAUCAUACAACUGUUUUGUUACUCUGAUCUUCAUUUCUCAGAACUCAGAGGCUAACAGCCUGAUCAGUCCUCUAGCACCAGUGACCUCUGGGCACUGUGCCAGGGCACACAGCUUACACCGCUGGGGCAGAUGGCUGGUCUGAGGAGUGGCUGCAUCAUCUGGGUCCAUGCUUGGUAGAGCAGGUGGUGACCAGCCAGGUCACAACAGGAGUACAAAGCAUCUUACAUGCCCUAGAAACUGGGUCAGGGGAGGUAGACUGAGGGGGAAGAGGUGGUUAACCUCUAGAAAUAAUGGCCUGAGAGAGCCACAUUCCUUGCACCUCCUGUGGCUUGGGUAAUCACCUAACUUAUGGUCCAAACUAGAACACUUUGGAAAAAGAAUCUUAAUAAUAAUGCCAAGAUAGUGGAUAUUAAAAUAGGACUAAUCUAGACAUAUAGUCUGUGGUCAUUUAAGAUUUUUCUUCAGUCUAAUGACUAAAAGACAAAAAAACUCUUUUUUAGAAUAUCCUGCAUAUAUUCUUUCCCACUAGGGCCACAGAUGACAUAGGUAGGAAAUACUCUGGGUUAUACCAAAUUCUCAAAUCUGACCAGGUGUGGUGGUACAUACCCGUAAUCCUAGCAACUAGGAAGACUGAG